AUGACGGCGACAACGACCACGACCCCCGCACCGCCCGACGUCGACAGCUACCCGUACAACCUGGGCACGUUCGGGCUGCCGGUCAAGACGACCUCGCGCACCGCGCAGCGAUGGUUCGACCGCGCCCUGGCGUGGACGUACGGCUUCCACCACAUCGAGGCCGAGCGGUGCUUCCGGUACGCGCUGGCCGCGGACCCCGAGUGCGCGAUGGCGUGGUGGGGGCUCGCGUAUGCCGCUGGACCAAACUACAACAAGGCAUGGGAGAUGUUCGACGCUGCGGAGCUGAAAGCGGCGCUCACGACGUGUCAUGAGGCUGCGACAAACGCCGUCAAGUACGCGACCGACCCCGUCGAAGCGGCGCUCGCACGUGCCAUCGCGGCGCGCUUCCCCGCCGACCGGCUCGACAACGAGAAGGAGUACGUCAAGUGGAACCGCGCGUUCGCGGACGCCAUGGAGGCGGUGUACAAGGACUUUGGGGAGCAGCUCGACGUCGCCGUCGUCUACGCGGACAGCUUGAUGGCGUUCGCGCCGUGGCAGCUGUGGGACCUGGCGACCGGUGCGCCAAAGGAAGAGUCGCGCACGCUCGAGAUCCAGGCCGUGCUGGAGAAGGCGCUCACGUACCCGAACGCGCACUUCCACCCCGGCGUGCUCCACUUCUACAUCCACCUGAUGGAGCUCUCCCCGUGGCCCGAGAAGGCGCUCGUGCCUGCCGACGCGCUGCGCGAGCUCAUCCCCGACGCUGGGCAUCUGCGGCACAUGCCCGGCCACAUCGAUAUCCUCAUCGGCGACUACCGGCGCUGCAUCGACAGCAACCUGGACGCGAUUGACGCCGACGAGAAGUACGUCGCGCAGGAUGCGUCCAACGCGCUCGACUUCUACGCCUUCUACCGCCUCCACGACUACACUUUCCCCAUCUACGCGGCCAUGUUCAACGGCCAGUUCAAGGUGGCCAUCGACACGGUCGACCGCAUGGAGGAGGGGCUCACGGACGAGUUUCUGCGCAUCCCCUCGCCACCCAUCAUCGACUGGAUGGAGGGGUUCGUUACCUUCCGCGUCCAUGUGCUCGUGCGCUUCGGCCGCUGGGAGGACAUCCUCGCGCUCAAGUUCCCCGACGACCGCGCGUUCUACUGCGUCACGACGACGUUCUUGCGCUACGGCCGCGCGCUCGCGCUGGCCCUCACAGACCGGCAGGACGAGGCACUGGCUGAACAAGCCCUCUUCCGGGAAUCCCGCAAGGCCAUCGUACCCAGCAGGCAGGCGUUCCCCAACUCGUGGUCGGACAUCCUCGACGUCGCAGAGGAGAUGCUGGAGGGCGAGAUCCUCUACCGCUCUGGGCAAGUCGAGGACGGCUUCACCCACCUGCGCAAGAGCAUCCACCUGUGCGACAACCUAGUGUACGCCGAGCCGUGGGGGUGGAUGCAGCCCCCGCGGCACGCGUACGCCGCGCUCCAGCUCGAGCAGGGCAACGUCGAGGAGGCGGCAAAGGUGUACGCCGAGGACCUGGGGUACUCUGACGCGCUGCCGCGUGCAGUGCGCCACCCGAACAAUGUGUGGGCGCUGCACGGAUACCACGAGUGCCUCGUGCGCCUGGGGCGCAAGGCCGAGGCGAGCAUCAUCAAGCCGCAGCUGGACCUCGCGCUGGCCGUGGCGGACGUGCAGGUCGAGUCGAGCUGUUUCUGCCGGCGGGUGGAGGCGGCGGCCGCGGGAGCGAGCGCAGCGAGCGGCGCCUCGUGCUGCAAGUAG